GAGUCGAACGGUCCUGUAGUAUACAGUGAAAUUCGAAAGCCAAGCAAAGAACCAAAAACAAACGCAGUGGCAGAGGACGCUUCCAAGGAAGAAAACUCAGAACAUCCGAGUGAAAUUCAAACAACCUCAACAGACCAAGCGGAAAUGCCUCCUCCGCCGGUGCCACCAAAACCGCGUUCGGCCUCAGCUAUGGCCGAACCUGUUACUGAAAUGCCAGAACGGCGGGGUGUGCUCCCCGCACAAGUGCGUCCACUCGUUCAACGACCACCAAGUCCGCGAGAUGCCGGACGAGCUACUCCGAGCAUCGAGCCGGAUUUGGUUGGAAAAGACAGGUUGGAUUAG